GUUCAUAUCACCAGUGUCAACUUGCCAGCGUUCAUUCUGGCAGAGAAAAGAUGCAGCGGACUCUGUUUCUAGUGGUUCUGAUGGGUGUCACUGUCAUUCCCCUAAUGGGCAUUGAAGCCCCACAGCAGAACGAUGGGGUCCCCAGUUGGAGCGCUUUCCAACACUCCCUCCAGAGACCCCAAGAAGGCUGAGUACUCCUCACUGCCGUUUGGUCUGUAGGCACAAAUGACUGUUGGUGACCUAUCCCCGACUCGAAAAGCACAGGGAAGCCACCCUCCCAUCUACUGGGGAAAACGCCAACACAUGGCAGCUAAGCUGGGGAGCUAUGAGCACGCCCACACCAGCCUGCCACCUCUCACUGCAGGCAAUUCCAGAGUAGAACACAGUCCAGCCCCACUCAGGGAGUUGGGUUCCAUGGCCCAGGAUCUGCCUGGAGGUGAGCCUGACUAUUUUUAGCCAGUACCACUCCUGCAAAAGCUCAGGCUCUCUCCCCCCACAGUGACGUAACAUUCAAUGUCCCAGUAGCCAGAUUGGUGGUCUGACGAUUGGGUCGCUGAGGCUCCCAUCUUCCACUGCUGCCCAAUCCAUUUUGCAACGACCCCCAACAACUCCUCCUGUGGGUGAUGGGCCCACAUGAGGACCCCUGGCUGCGCCAUACUGGGCAUGAUGGACAUACUGGUUUAUCCAUCAUAGGGGGGGUUUGUAUCUUAGUCUGGCCCGUCGCCAGGACCUGUUUGCCAUGGAAGACCCUACCAGAGGCCCUCGACAACAUAGCUCCCGGGGUCAUUCAGACACACAAUCCCUCCACCACAACAAGGUGUCGGUUCAAUCUAAAUAAAAUUGUGACAAAUUAGUUACUUAAAAUAAACUUUUGUCUCACAGAUUCCUCACCUGACAAAUACCAUAAUAUGACUACAGUAAUAUAAAAUAAAAAUAUAUAUAUCUGUCCACUCAUCUGUGGUAUAAUUGUUCUAAAAUAUAUAUUUUUUCUCCAUAAUUUCAAUUAUCUAGACAAUUCAAUUAUAUUUGUGCCCUGGAGACUCCAUAUUAGGGUCUGUCAGGUGAGGUGUUAAGGGUUUACAUGAAUAGAAUUAAAAAAACUUGUUCAGAACAGCAACGAGUGGCAGCAAUAAGUGGUGCCUUCUAUUUCUUUUUAGCAACUUGUCUGCAGUAUAAUGUAUAAUGCAACCUACAGACAGAUUGUGGAGGCAGGGGCAGUUUUCAACUGAAUGACUAGUAAAACAAUUCAAGUGCUUGAAAAGUAAAAUUAGACCUUGACUGAAUUAUUUUGUUAUCUUAAUGAAGAUCAAACCUGUAACAAUGCCCCAAUUUAAAUUAGCAGCAAGACUCAUGUCACCGUGAUGCAUAUGGGACUGUUUUUUUUUAUUUGCUGCAGUGUUUCCUGUGUUCUCAGGUCAGUGCUCCUUUUCCACAUGUUCCCUGUAUCAGUACCACUUUAUUAGAGAGAACAAGACCUGGUAUGAAGCUCAGACGUACUGUAGAGAGACAUAUACAGACCUGGCCACAGUGUCUGACAUGACAGACAUGAGGAGACUCUGUAGCUCUACACAGAAUCAGGAUGAAGCCUGGAUUGGUCUGCACAGCUACCCAGGAAGAGAGAACAGGAACUGGCACUGGUCUCUGCCAGGACUGGAGUUUAAUGACAGUGAUACUAGAUGGGGGAGUGGAGAACCCAAUGAUGGAGGUGGAAGUUUGGAGAACUGUGUUGUGACGUAUCCUCAUUUAUGGAAUGAUUAUAAUUGUUUGAAUAUGUGUGCCUCUCUCUGCUACAAUGGCACAAACAAAAACACCACAUUUCAUUAUAUUAAUACAACAAUGACUUGGCCUCAGGCUCAGCGUUACUGCAGACAACAUUACACAGACCUGGUCAGUGGACUGGACCAGUUGGAUGAUCCAACCUUGGCAUCUUACCGCUAUGUGUGGAUCGGUCUGUUCAGAGACACCUGGAGGUGGUCAGAUGGGAGUAACUCCUCCUUCAGAAACUGGGAAAGUCUUGGAGAUUUGGUUGAUGGACAAAGUAACAAGACAUGUGCUACUGUGUUAAACACAGCAGGAACAUGGAGCUACGACUAUUGUGAUACACAAAAACCCCUCUACUGCUAUGAAGCUCCAAAGAAGAAAUACGUGGUGAGAGUGAAGCUGGCUGCUGACCCCUCUGUGAACAUGACAGACCCUGCUGUGACUGAGACCAUGUUGAAACAGAUGGAAGCAGCGUUCAGAGAUAAAGGUUUAUCUGUGAAACUGAGCUGGAGGAAGCUCCCUGACAAACUAAACACCACCAAAGAAGAACCUGAACAGGGCUGUGCUCCAUAAAACACAUGAAUCAAACCUGUAGAAAAGAAGCUUUUCAGUCAGGAUUAUGGUUGUAACCAGUGAUUUUGUUCUAACCAUGAAUUUUUUACUCAUGAAUUUAGAUAAUUUCUCCUAUCUUCACAUCUGGCUCAACCUGAUCUCUGGGUUUCUGAUUUCUAAAGACUUAAUGUGUAUUUAAUUUCUGGAACAUAUACUGAAUGAGAUUCUGAGAAAUUAAAGAGGCUCAGUGUGAGUUGUGUGUUGUACCAAAGCACCACAGGCCACCUCUGUCCGGCGUUUGCAGGUAUAGUUGCCAACCAUUUGAUCCAUAGUAUCUACUCUUCCUUUGGUCUGGUUGUAGAAGAAGAUCACUUUUGUUUUUUCUUUGUGGAAAAAACAGAUGUUUUUUGUUUUUCUAAGUAGCGGGACAGCACUUCCCUUUUUUCACAUAGCUGAUCAUGGUUAUGCUGACAGUAAACCCAAAUCCAGAGCUGUGGCCCUUUGUGGACCUGGAAGCCUUCAUGACUGGAGGAAUGUCUGGCUUGUUCUGUCGCAAAGCUCCCACAAUAGUCAGACUCUUCUCCAGGGAUGCGCUGAUGAAGAAGUUGUCAACAUUUAUGUGGCUGUGUAGAAAUUACAUGGUGGUGAGACUGCUGACAUCAGAUGUGUAAGUGGGGUAGUACUGGUAGUACUGACUGUCAUUUUUGACCCUACAUGUGUAUCUAAGGGUUAAUGCACCAAUCCACUAUGACUCCAGUACAACCUGUAAGCUAUUAGGACAAUUAUCCUCUUUGUUAUUUCCAACAUUUAACAGAGAAAUAUCAGCCUAGUAAAAGUAGAAUUUAAGAAUUUAAAGCAUCUUUACUUGACUUACAGUUGUAACCUAAAAAACCUUGUUAUGUCAAGUUAAGUAAUUUUUAUUGCAUUCACACGUAUAUUAUUAUUUUAAUCCUUUUUAGUUUUGGUUUUCAGUCUUGUUUUUGUUUAUGGCGUCAUGCGACUUCCUGUUUGGUUUCCAGGUUCUUGUCCUGUACUCAUUUGUUCCAGCUGUUCUGACUUAGUGUUGCUCUCCUCAUAUGUUCGUCCUUGGGUUCUUUUCAUCAGAGUAUGCUGGCGUGUUCCUGUGUGUGUGUGUUAAACCUUAGUUAAUUAAGUAAGAAAGAACUCUCCUGGAGAGAGCAAAACACUUUUUUCCAGCCGAGAACCAUGACCUCAGACUCAGUGGGGCCCAGAGAAAAUCUUGGUGGCACACCAAAUUGGGCUUCUAUUAAUCAUGAGGUGAGCUCAUUGCUUACUAUGCAUGCUACUUGACUCUUUUCCAUUAAAAUGAUGAUAAACAUCAAACACAUUUACCUUUCCUUGUGCCUAAAAAGUUCAGUUCAGUUCCCGGUGGUCCGGAGAUGACUGCGUCGGCAUCAGCUUCUGGUGGUCCUAGUGAUCUUCCCUGGCCGUCCUGGAUUUUCAGGCUGGGCUGGUGUCCUCACCUUCGUCACCUCCUACCUACCUACCGCCCUGGGGGCCUAUGGCUGCCUCUUGUUCAGACACUGGCCUCCAAAGCUUCUGCUCUUUUCGUCAUCACCCUCCUUGAAAGGAGGGUUUGGACUCUUUGUUGUUUCCCCU